AUGGUGCCCAAUAGGCUGGCAGCAUUGCCACGUUGGAUGGCAAGGCUGACCAAGUGUUUAAAAUCAAAGAUGGCGUUAUUAAUAGUAACAAUAUUUGCUGCGGCAUGUCUCUCAGCAAGUGGUUUCCCGCAAGAACCUCUUUCGUACAGAACCACUAUAUUUGGAGACGAGCGAUUGGAGGAUGGACCCUUUGAAUUCCUUAACACUUACAACGAAGUAUCGUCAAGAGAUACCAAUAACCCAUACCGGCUCCCGACAACGACGAAACCGGAAAAUUAUAAAGUGAAUUUGGUCGUCAACAUGACCGAUCUGUCGUUUUCUGGUGAUGUCGAAAUUCGGCUUUACGCUACUCAAUGGAACGUUAAUGAAAUCAUUAUUCAUGCCCAUGAUAUGAACAUCACAUCGUUAGAGUUGAAACGGGAUAACAAUCCGAUUUACCAAACAUACGAAUUACAACCACAAUAUCACUUCUUGAGAGUUCGACUGACGAGCGAACCACUGGCCUACAAUGUAAGCAAUCGAAUCAUAUACACGCUGGCUAUUAAAUUCGAAGCUGAAUUAAGAAGUGACAUGACAGGUCUCUAUCGAAAUUGGUAUAGGAAUAAUGCCACUGACGAUCCAAGUUGGAUGGCAUCGACUCAUUUACAAGCGACUACUGCACGGUUCGUGUUCCCGUGCUAUGACGAGCCGAGCUUCAAGGCCACAUUUGAUAUGACGAUCACACGACCAGAGAGUUUUGGGAGCUGGUUUUGCACCAAACGUAACGACACCAGAACCAGUAGCAUUGUUGGUUACAAAGAUGAUAUUUAUUCAACAACUCCUGUAAUGUCCACGUACUUGCUGGCUGUCAUAGUUGCCGAAUACACGAGUAAAACCAAAGAGGCAAACAAUGGUGACCUCUUGUACGAAGUUAUAGCAAGACCCGCUGCUAUGGAGGAUAAUCAAGGAGAUUACGCGUUUUAUUUUGGACAAGAUCUCUUAGAGGAAAUGAGCAGGCAAACGGACAUAGAAUUUUAUUCUGUGAAUCCAAAUUUAAAGAUGACGCAGGCUGCUAUACCGGACUUUUCGGCGGGUGCUAUGGAGAACUGGGGAUUGCUAGUUUACAGGGAAGCUUACUUAAUGUAUCAUGAAAAUCACACCGACGGAUUUUUCAAGCAGAGGAUUGCCUAUAUAUUAUCUCAUGAAAUUGCACAUAUGUGGUUUGGAAAUCUUGUCACUUGCGACUGGUGGGACAACCUCUGGCUUAAUGAAGGGUUUGCCAGAUAUUACCAGUACUACCUCACUGACUGGGUUGAUCCAGAAUUGGGCUUAGCUACCCGUUUUAUUCCUGAACAAGUUCACAGUGCUUUGCUCACUGACUCUGCGAACAAUCCGCACCCACUCAAUAACCCUGGUUUAGGCAGUCCCGUAGAAGUCAGAACUAUGUUCACUCAGAUUAGUUACAAUAAAGGUGCCGCAGUGAUCAGAAUGACAGAACAUUUGAUGGGUUUCAACAAUCAUAGGGAAGGCUUAAGGAGAUACUUAAGAGAAAGAGAGUUCAAUACUGCUCUUCCUAUCCAUCUCUUCCAAGCUCUCCAAGAUUCAGCUGUAGAAACUGGUGCUAUUGCGGAAUAUGGAUCUGAUUUCAAUAUCAUAGAUUACUACAGGACUUGGAGUGAUCAAGGUGGACAUCCUGUACUUAAUGUAGAAGUCAAUCAUCAGACUGGAGAAAUGACUAUUUUACAGCGAAGAUUUAAUAUAAACAGCGGAUACUCUACCUCUAAUACGAAUUGGAUAGUUCCUAUAACUUUUGCCACAGCCAGUAAUCCAGAUUUUGAAGACACUAAGCCGAGUCAUAUUAUAAAGGAUUCUAUUACAAGAAUUAACCGUGGAAGUAUCGGAGAUGAGUGGGUAAUUUUCAACAAACAACAAACAGGUUUUUAUAGAGUAAAUUAUGAUGAUUACACUUGGGACUUAAUAAUAAUGCUGUUGAGAGGACCGAAUCGGACACUGGUACAUGAAUUCAACAGAGCUCAGAUUGUCAAUGACGUAUUCCAAUUCGCACGCUCCGGCUUGAUGAACUACACCAGAGCUUUCAAUAUUCUCUCGUUCAUGAAAUAUGAAACCGAGUAUGCACCGUGGGCUGCUGCGAUCACUGGAUUCAAUUGGGUCAGAAAUAGGUUUAUGGGAACUCCUACGGAGAGCCGACUGAAUGCUUUGUUUAUUGAAUGGGCGACUCCAGUAAUGCAACGGUUGACGUACUACCCUCGUGAUGACGAGUCGUUCAUGACAUCCUACUUGCGAUACCAACUGGCACCAGUCAUGUGCCAACUAGAAGUUGACGAAUGCCGUGAAGCAGCAACGCAGCAGUUUGAAGAGCUUAAAAUUAAUAGUACAGAAGUUCCAGUAGACAGUCGCAAUUGGGUGUAUUGCAAUGCUCUCCGGAAAGGUGUCUACGAAGAUUUCGAUUUUCUUUGGAGGAGAUUCAUAAGCCAUCCUGUCAAUGGUGAAAAGAUACAAAUAAUCAUGAUCUUGGGCUGUACCCCUGACGCAAUAGCGCUAAACAAGUUCCUUGACAAUAUUAUUGAGCCCGACAACUUUAUCAUCCGGCGUCAAGAUUACACGACUGCCUUCAAUUCAGCUGUCAGUGGCAACGAGAACAAUACUCAAAUCGUCUUCCAAUACAUACAGGAUAAUUUGCGAAAUGUAUCAGCUGCACUUGGAACAACCACCGCUCUGUCGUACAUUUCUUCGAGACUAAGAACAUAUGAGGCUAUAAAGGAGUUUCAAGAAUGGGCAGACGAAAAUCAAGCGGCGUUGGCUGCCGAUUACCAGGCCGUGUACAACGGUGCUGUUUCGUCCUCCAACGCGAUAGAGUGGGCUGCCGCUGUCCAGGACGACGUAAACUCUUACCUCACCACUGGAGACAGUGUGGUUCAGCCGUCCACACCUGCUCCUGAGCCUAUUAAUGUCCCCACUGCUGGGGCACAGGCCUUCCCUAUGGAUGGAAUAGGGAGAUUGGGCCAUGACCCACCACGCGGGCCCAGUGCGGAUUGGUGGGUGCUAACGACUGCAGAUGCAGCCGGGACCAACGGCUUAACGUGCCUUCCGAAGCACGGAGGAACUCGAGAUAGAAGAUUUUUGGUCACCCAUCCAAUGACCGACCACUGCGAAAGUUGCUUAACUUCAACGAUCGCAGCCGAACGCGCUAACCACUUGCGCCAUCGAGAUCCUCACAACACAAUGAUGGAGAAACUCGCACAUCUCCAACCAGCUUUGGUCAAUUGGAAGUUCUCCGUAAUCCAGUGUAUUCACCAGAGCUUGCCUCUACAGACAUCUACUUUGUCCAGAAUUUGGAUAAUUGCUGGGGCACAGGUCUUUCAUAUGGAUAGAAUAGGGAGCUAG